AUGGAGGAAGCCACGGCUCUUGCCACCCUUGCGUUGCCGCAAACGAACCUCGAGACGAUCUCGCGGCCCAGUUCCACGUCGACGUCGGAAUCCGCAUCCGCAGCCGCGGUUGUAGCCGCGGCCUCGACGGUUCCCCAGUUGCCAGGCAUUUCAGCGCUUGCCCAGGCCAACAACUCUGCGACGAGCUCGCCUCAGAUGCGAGAAGCGAUUCCCGCGCCCGCUCCCGUUGCCGCCUCCACACCGACUCAGGCGCCCGCGCCCGCGCCAGCUCCCGCGCCGACACCGACUUACGCUUCUGGCGGAGGAUCCACCACGGGUCGUCCGCGUCCGAUCUCGCUCAAGACCGACGUGAUCAAGAGCCGAAACCGCGUGAAGACGAUGCGCCCUGAUCUUGCGUCUAAGAAGAAGCAACAGCAGCAGCAACAACAAGCUCAUCAGUUUGGCGCAAACGAUCCGAAUGGCCUCGACAUCCAUGGGCAGAACCAGCGCAGACAGUCGCAAAAGUCAAACGGCAAUCCGGACGGCUCUGACUCCCCCGUUUCUCGUACCGCGACCCCUUCUCUAUACAACCCUAGCCUCCCAGUCUUCCAGGGCAUGGACGAUGCGCAGCUUCAGGCUGGACUGCAGGGCUUCAAUGUCUCUGGGACGGACAACCGCUCGGGCUCCCCCCUGAAUGGUGACCGACACCUUGACGUCCCGCAAACACAUGAGCAGCUCAUUGCCGCCAAUUCCGCCCUCAAAACCCGGGUUAGCGAACUGGAACUCAUCAACGAACUCUUCCGCGGUCGACUCAGCCAAAUGGAGCAAGACGAAGCAAGCGCAAGAAGAGGGCAGGAGAUUAGCGGCAAGGCGGAAGCCCAGCUGCGGGCUCAGCUCGAGAGCAGUAAGAAGCAAUUGGAUGAGAGCCAUCGCAGAGAAAACAACCUCAAGCGGCGUCUCGACGAGAUGGAGCUGGAGCUGAAGGAUGCCAGAGAUGCCCUGGACCUCUCUGACUCUGGCCGCGCAGCAAAAAAGCCUCGGAUUGCUGAAGUAGCUGCCAAUCCAGCCGUCGCUGCGGCCACGAGCGGAGGAGGCGGUGACGGUGGUGGUGGUGGAGAAUCCGAAGUCUCGACUCCUCAAUCCGCCGCCGCGAACUGA